UGUCGUGUAAUGUGGCCACAGGCCAGUGGAGUUUACACUGUCACGUAUUCAAGGUCAAUUUCAUUAUAGCUAAAACAAUUGUUGAAGUGAUAUAAAACUGGAAUUGAUGAAUCAGUUGGAACGAAAUGAUUGAAUCUUGCACGAAAAAGCGCAUGUUAUUGGGUAUCACAUUAUUAGGAGGGUUAACUGUUCUUGCGCUGAUUGUUGAGAGCCAUUGGACCGAGAGCACGAGCAGUAAACCGUUUGUCGAAAAUUUUGAGCACAAUAACACGUGCGCUGAUAGUGGACAGUAUGAGGUAAUUGAUGAGUGCCAUCCGUGCACUGCAUUUGAAAUUGCCAGUGAGAGCAUUGGUGUCUGCGUCUAUGCAAGGUACAAGGAGGUGAUCAAGUGCAAGACUGGAGAGAAGAUUAUUCGAAGUUGUGACAGAGUCGCCUGGCUCGAGGAGAACGCCUUCCUAAAGUUCGAAGGUUCCAUGUUCGCCCUCUCCAUCCUCUCCUGUCUCACAGUAUUCUUGAGGGAAAACGUCCUCCGCAAGCGAAUAAUCCGAAAAGUAGCUCGCCAACUACGAACAGCUAGCGUAUGAUAG